AUGGACGAGGACUUGAAAUCCGUCGCCGGCCGCUCAGAACGCUCAGAGGGGGCAAACACUGCUUCGACAGCUCUGUGUCAAAACUCCGCCGCCGGGACGGUGGUAGACGGACAAGUCUUCUUGAAGGUGCGCAGCUGCAUCGCUUGCGGUCGCAAGAACUGCGACCUAAACGAAAUCAGGGCAGGCUUGUUGUCGAAAAGCCGCUUCACAGUGUGGCAUAGAGGCACCCCAGAGGAUCCUCAGUCCAAGCACGACAGGGUUUGCCAGCUCACGUACCAGCACGGCGCCUUCGGAGACGAAUCCAUCGAAGAGUUUGUCAACAAUCGGAUGAAAAGAGAUCCGCAGCUGCAGGCCGAGUUCAUAGCAGCUCGAGGUGCCAUGCUGGAGCUGCUCAACGAAGGCAAAGCGCGGUUCAGGGGCAAGACAAUGGACUCCGCCAAGCAGCGCCUGGAGCUUGCCAGAAAGAAGUCUGUGGAGGAGUUCAAGGAGGCUUCGACUGAGGUGGUGACGGGCUACGUGUGCUGGGACCGGGCGCUCUUCGAGAAGGAGCACCCAGGCCUCAUAGAAAAGAAGGGUUUGAAGGUGGCGAAAAAGGUCAUAGACGGAAAAAAACGGGAGGUCGUGAUGAUCAGGAAAAACCGCGAGGGCAUCUGGGACGUGAACGUCACCGAGAAGACAGGUGUUCGACAAAUGGAAGAAAUCGACAACGGCGAGCACGAGAUCCAUGAGGGUCAGCACAGCUUGAAGUUUUCCUCCUCAAAGAAGCGCCUGCACAACGCACUUGCCGAGAAAGCGAACGAGUCAAGCGUGCUUGCGGCUGACAGCCAGGAAGACCUGAAGGACAAAGCGCUGCCGAGGCUGGCUGAGUCUUCGGACGAGGACGGCGACUACGGGGUGAGGAGCACUUUGCUGGACGAGGGCGAUAGUCCGCCAAGGAAAACCCAGCGGCCGAAUCCAAGCAGCGGCAGUGGUGCCAACUUGCCUGCGCCCAAAAACAAAGCCAGAGGCGGACAGCAAGCGCAGAAUCCGAUUCCUGCUGGCAGCAAGUUUCCCGAUUCUGCUGUCAGCAAGCAUCUGUCAAGUGAGAGGCGGGAGUCUCGAGAGCAACCUCCAGGACCUACAGACAACAAAGCGGACACAGCCGGCCGAGGCCGGCCGAACAAGUUUAACAACAAGACGCCGGUGGAAGUCCUGGAGUCCAGCGGCCUGGUGGAGGUGAAGACUUGCCGGCAGAGCGUGGUGGACUUCUUGUCGAGAGACAUCUUGAACAAGCUUUGCACAGAUGUUGAAACAACGGAAGUUUACAAGAAGACGAUGGCCGAGUUCUCAGGGAAGACUAGCGAGUACCAGAGGAAGGCCACCGCGCUGGAAGCCAAAGUGAAAAAAUGGCAAAACCGGCCAUCUGAAACUGAUGAGCUGGCAGGAAGGCAGAAGGAGCUUGCGAGCAUGCUUCACGCAGCGGCAACAGUGUUUCAGCUGUCAGCUAAGAGAUCGCCCAACACAGACAAGAUGGAGCAGAUCCUGACAACUUUGAGACAUGAGGGCUUGGAGGCUGUUUGGAUCCUGCAGGUGCCCAUGGCCUGGUGUGACUUGCUGCUCCAAGAGAAGCUCGCGGAAUGCUUGCGCUUCAAGAAGUUGGACGAGUUUGCGCGCACGUGCCAGCCAGGGAAAGGUCCUUUCGAGGGAGUUGCAGACGAGCGAGCUGACGUGAUGCAAGCCUGCAUUCACAAGUGCCUUGGCCAAAUUUUGUGCGACCUUGUUCCGGAUCCGGCUGUCAGCCAGAAGAAGAACAAGAAGGGAGCAGCAACUGCGAAAGAAAGGAACGCUCAAAUCCAGACAAUGCUGGAUCUGGCCUUGCGUUUGGUGGAGGAAAACGCACUGCCGGAGGAGAUGUUGCGAGACUUGGACAUCCUAGCCGAUGCACUUGAUGAGAAAAGAGCGGACCAUGCUACUGCGCACAACCGGCUGUCAGCCUGGAAGCAGGACGACGAGUACUUUGGUGUUUUGCGGCCAGUGGUCAGAAAUGAGCACUGGUCUGCGCUCGUCCAGCAGUUUUCCGCCCCAGCCUCCGCCGCCUCGACCUCUGCCUGCCUCCGUUCUGCUUUCAACAAGGUGAACGGGAACACGUCGCCAGUGUCAGAACAGGACAGAGGCGAACUUGUGGGCGCACUCCAGGGCUCGGCUGAGCAACCGGACUUUGUUCUGCGCGUUUGCAAAGACAUUUGCGGCCGUGGUGUGUCUGCUUCAGAUUUUCAUGGGGAUGAGGAUUUGAUGGAGCAGAUGUUCGCGAAAGGUCACUGGGAAGUUUCGGUUGUGAAGAACGCAAUUUCAGAGAGUGCAGCAGAGCAGCAACACAAGAACACGGUGCUGCAAACCUGCGAGAAGCUUGCGGCAGCGAGCAGCAAAGUUUGCCUGUGGCAUGGGUUGCUGAACGCCAUACUGACUUUGGCCAAGACGGCGCAGGAGCAUGCGGACAAUGGGUUGGAUGCAAACGUCCAAGACGAUUUGGUGCAGUGCUGGAGUGAGGUGAAACACCGACUGCAGACAGACCCGGAGAUAGCCGCAGCAGCUCAGCCCGUCAAGGAGGCCUUGGAGAACUUGCUGAACGCCACGAAGACUGAGCAAGUGGGACCUCAGGUCUACGAAGGCGCCAUGACGGAGCUCCGGCUGUCAGCCAUGGAACUGCUGAGGCUUGCCAAAGAGUGCCGCAAGCCAGAAGUGCAGGAAGCUGCUAGCAACUUGCGAAAACUCGAGCAUCGCUGCAUGCAGUGCUGCUCGCUGUCAGACACGCCGGUCUUCGCUAGGUCUUGCGUCAGCCUUGUCACCACCGAGUUCGCCGGUGUGUGUGAGGUGUUGCCUUCCGCUGCCAGCGAGCAAAUACCGGAUGAUAUUUUGAACAGCUCGGUUAUGCAGCACUUGCGAGCCGCCAAUGACAAGGAGACCAACAAGCAGAAGCUGGUGCAUGUGCUGCACUCUAGCGGCUGCGAGCAGUUCUUGGAGCAAGCGUCCAAGCUACUGGAAAGGCUCGAGCCACUUUUCACAGCUAAGAAGGUGUCACUUGAAAAGCUCCUCGUGGAGGCUGCUGCCAGUGCAAAAGCCAAGCUGGUUAAUCCCCACAUGGGCAUGGAUGAGUUCUUGCAGUCCGCAGCCUCUGGUGAAGCUCUCAAGAAAGCCUUGAAGCAACUGCGUGCAGCGGAAAGGGACAUGCAAGGCCACGGCAUGCUACAGGACGGCUCUGAGCUGCAGCGCGACGUCUCUGAAGUCAAGGCGUCUUGCCGUUUGCAGAUCAUCAAAUGGGGAAUCGUGACUUUGGUCGCCAAUGCCGACAUCGCGGCGGACAACAGCAAGGGGAAGGGCCUCAGGAAAACUUUGCGGGACGUCUGGAACAGUCAUUGUGAUGAUGGUGAUGUCAAGAGUGUCCUGGGGCAGGCGGUAGUGGACUUGGUAGAGCAGUCGUUGGCGACACCAGAGAAGACCGAGGACCCCGGCGCCGUU